AUGAGGCAAAGUCUAGUUUUCGCGGUGGCAGCUCUAUCAACAUUUGUUCAGGGUGCGGUUAUUGAACAUAAGAGGGAGGAUGCCGUAAAGAGGCAAAUCGUCAACGUCGAAGGAAAUGCUGGUGUGGAAGUGACGACUGUGCCGGCAGAGAACGUUGAGAAACUGACGGAGGGCAAUGGCAUCCUCGCGGGCAUCCUCGAUGUGUUGAACGGCAACCGACAAAAUAGCGGCCAUAAGAACGCCAACAACAACAAUAACAAUAACAACAACUGUCCCACGAUGCCGCCAGCGCCACCGCCGCCACCGCCGCCGCCGCCCGUCACGGUGACGAAGACAGUCUUCCAGAAUGCCUCGAUCCCCGCACCGUUGACGGUUUUCGUCACGCAAGCUGCUCCUCCCCCAGUCAUCAUGACCCAGAGCUGCCCGCCUCCUCCUCCGCCUCCGCCUCCUGCUGCAGCUCCUCCCGCCGCUCCUCUGGUGCCACCGGCAGCGCCCCCUCCAGCAGUCACUACGCCUUCGACUCCUCCUCCUCUUGCGGCCGAACCGCCCGCCGCUGGCCCCCCACUAGUAAUUCCCGCUGCCUCGCAACCCGCCCUCGCUGCUCCCGGACUAGCAAGCCCGGCUUCUCCCUCGCAACCCGCGGCCGUUCCGCAGGCUGGCAACCCAGCCGCGGGCAACAGCCCCACGUCGUCUAUCAACCUGGGUGGUCUUGGCUCAAAUGGUGGCGCCAACCCGGCUGCUAACGUGCCUGCUCCGCAAGUCACGGUGCCCAUGAUCGCCGUCAACCCCGCCGCGCCCAAUAUUGCCGUCAGCGGUCUGUCGUUGAGCAGCAAGCUCGUCCUAGGAAAUCUCGUCCAGCAAGCUCCCGGAUUGCAGGCCCGCGCGACCCCCGGUGUGAAGGCGGCGGUGAUGGAGCCUGAGGCUGUGGUCGAGAAUGAGGACGACGCAUGA